AACAGUUAUCCGCAUAUGCCCAACGAGGAAAACUGGAAAUCAUGUGUGUUUUUGAUGCCGAAAUUCGUGUUGUCGAUGGAUCAGGAGAACCAUUGGAAGCCAAUUUCUAUGUGGUGAAAGGUGGCGAGCAAAACCUGCUGGGGCGAGAUACCGCGAAGUUGCUGGGCGUCCUUCUGAUUGGUCUACCGAGCGUUGCUGAGGUGCAAGAAAGUGUCCAACACAUUGCAGAUAGUACCAUCGAAAAGUUCCCUACAAUUAAAGGUAUGGUAUAAAUAAUAAUAAAUAAAUAAAUAAAUAGUCAUAAAUCUCGUUCAAUUAAAGGGGUUAAAUUGCGUAUCGAGAUAGACGAAAGUGUUACACCAGUGGUCCAACACGUCCGGCGAGUACCGAUUGCGCUCCGUCAACAGGUUGAGGACCAAAUCAAUCACUUACUAAAAUCAGGCAUAAUCGAAAGAGUCGAUAAACCUAGCCCUUGGGUUUCUCCAAUGGUGGUUGUUGUAAAGGACGAUGGGAAUGUACGUCUUUGCAUCGACAUGCGGCGAGCAAACGUUGCAAUCAAAAGGCAAUAUCACGUGAUGCCAACUUUGGAUGAUCUUCUUGCUAGGUUGAAUGGAUCGCAAUGGUUUUCCCGCCUCGACAUAAAAGACGCUUACCACCAGAUCGAGUUGCAUGAAUCAAGCCGAUACAUUACAACUUUCAUAACACAUUUGGGAAUGUUUCGGUACACUCGCUUGAUGUUUGGAAUAUGUUCCGCAUCGGAAUACUUCCAAAGGACAGUUGAGCAAAUUUUGAGUAACUGUCCAAAUACCUUCAAUUUCCAAGACGACAUUUUCAUCCAUGGGCGAACUAAAGAAGAGCAUGACGCGUCUCUUUUAAAGGUACUGGAAACUUUGGAGGCGUAUAAUGUGGUACUGAACACGAGAAAAUGCAGAUUCGGAACUACAGAAACUGAAUUUUUGGGUCAUCAUAUUUCCCGUGAUGGGCUCAAGCCAACGGACGACAAAAUAUCUGCCGUUUUAAAGUUUAGAUCGCCGAAGUCGUCAGAAGAGGUCCGAAGUUUCCUGGGCCUAGUUGGUUACAUCGGUAGAUUCAUUCCGGAUCUUGCAACCAAAACGUUCGAAUUACGACAACUCAUCGCGGGUGGUUGUACUUUUGAUUGGACACCACAGCACGAAAUUGCUUUCAAUAAGCUUAAGGAAGCUAUAUGCUCCGCCCCAAUCUUGGGUUAUUUUGACAACACACGCCGAACAAGACUUAUUGCAGACGCAUCACCAGUUGGGCUGGGAGCGGUGUUAGUUCAGUUUGAGGAUGAGCAUGACGACAAACCAGUUAUAAUAUCAUAUGCCAGUAAAAGCUUGACGUCAACGGAGAUGCGCUAUUGCCAAACGGAGAAGGAAGCCUUGGCGAUCAUUUGGAGUGUUGAAAAAUUUCGGCUUUAUCUCAUCGGAAGAGAAUUUGAGUUAGAAACUGAUCACCGGCCUCUGACUGCAAUUUUUAAAUCCAGUUCUCAUCCACCAGGCCGUAUUGAAAGAUGGGUACUACGAAUGCAACCAUACAAGUUUCGCGUAAUUUACAAACCAGGUAAACAAAAUGUGGCGGAUUCCUUGUCUCGUCUCUCUCAUUCAGAUGAUGAUAAGAACGUUGACAGCUCUGACGAUGAUUUGUACAUUGCUGCAAUCACCGAAUCUGUUGCCAUCGACGUAUCUGAAAUAAGACAUGCAUUAGAUACCGAUUCAGAAUUGAUCCUGGUUAAGGAAGCCAUAAUAACAGAAGAUUGGAAUAACGAAACAAUUAAAUCUGGCGCAAAAUCAUACAUCCCCUUCCAAAAAGAUCUAGGCCUGCUGGAGGGAUGUGUCAUCCGUGGAUGCCGGCUGGUAAUACCGAAGCAACUGCGUUCGCGUAUGCUGCAGCUGGCCCAUGAAGGGCACCCAGGUGAAACAGUUAUGGUUGCCCGUAUGCGCGACAGAGUGUGGUGGCCUGGCAUGGAUGACGAAGCUAAAAAGGUGGUAAGGGAUUGUGAAGGGUGUCGAAUAGUGAGCAGGCCGUCUGCCCCAGAACCAAUGCAGCGGCGAACGAUGCCUAAUGAACCGUGGUUGGACGUAGCAAUAGAUUUCUUGGGUCCACUUCCAUCUGGUGAAUACUUGCUAGUGGUCGUCGAUUAUUAUAGUCGGUACAAGGAGGUAUGCGUAAUGAGGAAAAUCACAUCGGAAGAAACUAUCAAGCGACUUGAACCGAUAUUUGUACGUCUAGGAUAUCCUAGGUCGAUAACACUGGACAAUGGUAGGCAAUUCAUUAGCAAAGACUUUGGAGAUUAUUGUUUCGCCAGAAAUAUGAAACUCAACCACACUGCUCCUUACUGGCCUCAGGCCAAUGGAGAGGUAGAACGGCAGAAUAGCUCACUCUUGAAGCGUCUUAAAAUCAGCCACUCACUGGGUCGUGAUUGGAAGAAUGAUCUGCUCCAAUACCUACUAACAAGGGGUAGUCACUCUACACACUUCAUUUGUGCCAACGGACGCGGAAAGGAAAGAGAAGACUUGAAACGUCACGCCAAAGUGUCCAACAUCCAGGUAGGAGACAAGGUUCUGCUGCAAAACCUCAUUUCGUGUGACAAACUAACUCCAACAUUUGACAACACGGAAUAUGAAGUACUGGAACGAAUAGGAAAUAGGGUGAAAGUCGUACAUCCAGUGUCGGGCAAAAUAAUAGAACGAAACGUCGCCCACAUCAAGAAGAUUUCAUCUUCCAACGUGCAAACCCCGGAAAUGGAAAGCGGUUUCGCCGGAGAACCAUCCGAUACUCAAAUAGAGGCUUCUUCACCGUCUCAGGCAACUCGUCCCAACCGCAUUACACGUCGACCGUCGUGGCAACAGGAUUAUAUCAUCCGUGCUUCCAAAGAAGAUUAA